CCCCGCCGUAGCUGCAGCCUUUGUGCCUGGGGGAGAGGAGGAAGAGGCAGCUAGAAGAAUCAAGGAGAGUUGAUGAGGAGAGGAAGGCGAAAAUGAAAUGCUAGGAUGCUGCUGAGAACUUUCAUCUCUUCCUUUACACCGCUUUCCCUGCAUAGAAAUGGAAGAGGCAUCCCGCUCCCUCUGGUGCGGAGCGGCUAGUGCCCUGCUCCCGGGGAAACCCAGCUGCAGAGCCCGGGGAGGAGGCAGCAGCUGAGCCCGGCAGCUGAACGAGAAUGUGAUGCUUGAAGAAGCUUCUGGCCACUUUGCACAGGAAGGAUGAAGAUCCCCAAAGUACUCGGGCUCCUGGUAGAGCUCUUGAGUCUGUUAUCCUGUCUCAGAUGCGUGGAGGCUUUCCUGGGAUCCCAGCCCAACCAAAACCAUUUGCAGAGUGCAGCGUCCAGCGUGUGUGGUGUCGGACCUCUUGGGUAUUACAAUGGCUCGCUGGCAGUCACUGAGGCCGGGGCAGAGUGCCUCAACUGGGCUGAGUUCCCCGAUUACGUUCAGCAGUACCCAGACCGUGGCUUGGGGGACCACAACCACUGCAGGAACCCGGACGGGGGAACUACACCCUGGUGCUUCUACAGGCUUGCGUCAGGGGCCAUUGGCUGGGCUAACUGCGACUGUAACCAAGGUGCUGUGCGGUUGGCUGAAGACAGUAGUGUGGAGCUGUACUUCAGUGGACUCUGGGGCACCAUCUGUGCUGACCACUGGACUGACUGGGAUGCCAGUGUUGUCUGCAGGCAACUAGGUCUCAGUGAGAUCGGCACAGCUGGGAAGAAGAGUCAUCCCGGACUGUGGCCUGUUCCCCUGCACCUGCAGUCAGCAAACUGCCAUGGGGAUGAGAAAGCCCUGCUGCAGUGUGGCUAUCGGGAAGCUGUGUCAGGAGCUUGUAAGCAGGGGAGUGCCAUGGUAACGUGUGUCCCUCCAGAAGGUGUAGGUGCCCCGCUGCGUUUAGUUGGGGGAAAGGAGAGCUUUGAAGGGCGAGUGGAGGUUUACCAUGAUGGCAAGUGGGGUACCAUCUGUGAUGACCAGUGGGACAACCGGGAUGCUGAAGUAGUUUGCAGGCAGCUGGGACUCAGUGGGAACCCGAAAGCCUUGUCGUGGGCUCACUACGGGCAGGGGUCUGGCCCAAUCCUGCUGGAUGAAGUGGAGUGCUCAGGCAAUGAACUCUCACUUGACCAGUGCAAGAAGAGUGAGUGGGGACAGCAGAACUGUGACCACAUUGAAGAUGCUGGGGUCUCCUGUGACCCUUUCACAGAGGGCACUGUCAGGCUGGCUGGUGGCCACAGCCCCAGUGAAGGCAGGGUAGAAGUUUAUUACAACGGAAACUGGGGCACGGUAUGCGAUGAUGGCUGGACAGACCUCAGUGCCCAGGUGGUCUGCAGGCAGCUGGGCUUCAGCGGUCCCGCUACCCUGGCCUCUGAAGGAGACUAUGCUGCUGGCCAAGGCUUUAUCUUACUGGAUGACGUGGCUUGUGCGGGGACAGAGCUGUCCCUCCUGGACUGUCCCCACAGCAACUGGGGGCAGCAUGACUGCUCGCAUACCGAGGAUGUGGGAGUCCGCUGUUCCCCUGAGAGUAACACCGUCAUGGAUGGCAGCCUGGGGCCUCCUGUGCGGCUUGUGGAUGGAGAAAGCACCAAGGAGGGACGGGUUGAGGUAUUCCUGAAUGGGCAGUGGGGCAGCGUCUGUGAUGAUGGCUGGACAGACAGAGAUGCUGCAGUGGUUUGCAGGCAACUGGGAUUCAGUGGUACAGCGAAAGCCAGGGCAAUGGCUUAUUUUGGCGAAGGCCAUGGGCCCAUCCAUCUGGACAACGUAGAAUGCACUGGCACGGAGCAUGCCCUGGGGCAAUGUGCCAGGCCUGACACUGGGAUUCACAGCUGCUGGCACAGUGAGGACGCUGGUGUCAUCUGUGACUAUGUGGAAGAGAAGAUCCAAGAUAUCAGAACAGGUCCAGAGUCUGGUGUGUGUGGGAUGCGCCUGCUUCACCGUCGCAAGAAAAGGAUCAUAGGUGGAAACAAGUCUCUCAGAGGCGGUUGGCCAUGGCAGGCCUCACUACGGUUGAAGGGUUUUCGUCGAGAUACUCGUCUGCUGUGCGGAGCAACACUGAUCAGCAGCUGCUGGGUCCUGACUGCAGCCCACUGCUUCAAAAGGUUUGGCAUUGAUGUGCGGCGCUACCUGCUGCGGGUGGGGGAUUACCACACAGGCGUGAAGGACGAGUUUGAGAGGGAGCUGUCUGUGGAGCGGAUUGUCCUCCACAGGAACUACUGGGCCGGCAGCAACGAUAAUGACAUUGCCCUGGUUCGGAUGCGGGGCAGGGAGGGACACUGUCUCUCCUUCAAUCACCAUGUUCUGCCUGUCUGCCUGCCCGACAGGAAAGAGAAGUCUGAAAUCAACAGGCAAGCCUGCAUCAUCUCCGGCUGGGGAGACACAGGGAAGUCCUAUUCGAGAACCCUGCUGCAGGGGGUGGUGCCUCUUCUCCCACGGGAAGACUGUGAGGUCCGUUAUGGGCAGAAGUUCACUAACCGCAUGAUUUGUGCUGGGAACCUCUCUGAAGAUAAACGGGUGGACAGCUGCCAAGGUGACAGUGGAGGGCCACUCAUGUGUCAGAGGUCAAAUGGACGCUGGAUCAUUUUGGGGAUCACUUCCUGGGGUUACGGCUGUGGUCGGAAGGAUUCCCCCGGUGUCUACACAAAGGUCAGCAAAUACGUACCCUGGAUCAAGAAGGUGACCAAGCUAAAAUGAAAAUGUCUGAGCUCUGGGAACUUCAAUGUAUGGUCCUUUUGCCCUGCAGCAGCAGAAGGCUGCGGCUUCUGGCCAAUGACUGACCGAUGGAGAUUUAUUUUGGGUUGGACACUGGGAAAAUACUUUAAUGUAGAACUGGGAGAAAACCAGUUAUGGCUGAUUCUUUAAAAUCUUUGGUUUCACUUUAGCCCGUAAUCUCUGAGCAGAGACAGCAGGUGCACGCUGGUAAGAAUAAGUCUGUGUUGCUCUGACUAUGUGAGUCCUGCAAUGCAAUCUCACUUGUUCCUUCGCCCUGCCACGCAGAAAUGGUAGAAAUGGAGAGAUAGCUGCCUCUUUAAAUCUAUUCCUGUUUUCAUAUGUUUGCACACUUGAAGAACACUACAAGGAGAGGUGAGAUGCUUGGAAGAUGGCACCAGGCUCUGCCACAGUGGAAAUCUUCAGAUGUUUUUUCAUAACAGCUCUCUUCAAUUCCAGGAAUCAGAAGAUUUGACCUGAGCUGAGGAACAGGCCAACAGCUGGUUUUUUUCCUUCGCUGUUAUGUCUCUAGGGGGAACCUUUUCUCUUCUGAAUAAUAGGUCUGCUCCCAUACGAUCCCUGUUAAGUGUCUGUCCCUGCUAAAGAGAUGCUUGUCCCUCCUGCUGUAAUCCUGUAUCACACAUUUCCAGCUGCCAGAUGCUAUGGGUUUAUCGCUGCUUUCUCAAUAUAGUGGCUCUUUUGUGUUUGUUUGUUGUUUUGUUUUUUCCUUAAAGCAGCAUCUCCUAGAAUAAGUUGUUGGUGUGAGAGUAAAUCUUUAUUUUUAAGAGACAAUAGCUUUCUUGCCUUCGUGAUUACUAGGAAGAACUUAAAAAUGUGACAUCAAAAGGCUGAAUAGACACAUUAUUUUUCUUUGAAUCAUAAUAUAAUCUCAAACGUUCAGGUGUUGAGUCAUGAAAUAACAGCGCUGUGGGGACCUUUUCUUGGUACCUUAUUCACCAUAGUUAUUAGCUGCCCUUUAUUUGUGAUGUUAGUCUUUAAUAUCUCUGUGUUCACAGUUCUCCCAUGAAACAUGGAAAUACUCCUGGGGUCUAGAUACAGAACAAACACAGGGAGUGAGUAAUUUGCUUGAGGUAUAAAAGACUAAGUAUGCUGUAAUGGAGCUUCCUGCUUUCCCAAAGUGUGUCCUAUUCUCGCAACCUCUGGGCUGUGAUUCCUCUCUUCUCUUCUUUGCACAAUUUCUCUUUUCAUUCCUCUCAGUGGCAUUAAACUGGCUUAACUCAAGGGUAUGCAAGCAGUGCCGCCAAGCUGUAGUUCUCCACCUGAACAGAAAUAAUGCUGAGAGAAAGCAGGGGUUGAUGAAUACUUCAAUUUCUUUCUUCCUUCUCAUCUGACAAAUGAACAGAGUUUCCUCUUAGGCCUUAAUCACUUUUGUAAGUUAAUUUAUUAUUCUCGAGUAGGUCAAAAUAUAUAAAAAUAGGCAAAAGUGCUAAGUGCAUUAACAGUUGUGCAGUGCACAACAGUGUGUUCUCGCUGUGUGUAGACAAGCCAGAGAGAAGACAGGUCUGCUCAGGAGCAGGGGCAGUAAGCUUUGAUGUAUAACCAAGGACCCAAAUGUGGAGUAAUAAUACAGGAUGAUGCACAUGGAACUUGUGGCAGAUGUGCACGUCUGGGGUUCAUUCACGUGCUGUAGGGUAGGCAAUGACUGGGUCAGGCACUAGCCUGCUGCCUGGAAGGUCUGUGCUCAGGGCACCAAGAUGUUCAGUACCCAGGUAUUACCAAGGCAAGAACAGAAGGCAGGGCACAGCCUGAGGAUUAGCAAUGUCAUAUUACAGGGCAUGUGGUGACAGAGUCCUCGAAAUUGCCUUGGAUUCAAUAAAUAGUGAUUGCCUAAAGCUUUAAUUUGUCUUCUAUAAACCAGCUUAAUGUAAAGGUGCUGACCUGGCUAGGUGGCUGAUCUUUGUGUGUGAAUGCUAAACUAAACAGUUCCAUUUACCCUCUCCAGGGAUUAUAAGACAGCUGGGUUACCAAUGCUGCAAUGGAUUGCAAUGGAAACUUUAUUUAAAAAAGAAUUUUAGGCAUCCUGAAAACACGCAAUGUCAGAACCCUUGCAAACUGGCCUUCGAGACAGAUUUGAUCUGUUCAUGCCUCUUCUUGAGAGGCUGAGCAUCUGCAGUGCGCCUUGUGCUGAUAACCCGUUUUGAAAUGCCAGGCUUGAUCCUUCGGCAGCGCUGUGCUUGUCUCCGCGCUGGCUGCGUUCUCCUACAGCUGCUGGCGGAAAGGCCCCAAGACACAAGCUGCAGACUGCUCCUUAUCUCCCAGGAAUUAAAAUGACAGGAGGACCAAGGGCAAUUAUGCUACAGACCUCUGGUCUUGCGGGGGAUUAAAUGCCAAGUUCCACACUGGCAGCAACAGUACCUGUCUGGGAAACAUGGAGGGAUUUGGCUUUUACUUUGCCUUCCCCCAGGCGAGCAUGCUACAGCAGCUCAAAUGGAGUUUCUGUGCCUUGGGUGCUGUCACAUCUCUAGUUUAACCUGGUUUGAUCUUUCAGCUUAUACCCAUAACCCCAACAGGCACAGAAACACCCAAAGGAUUGAGACUAUGAGACUAUUUCCCUAAGCCUACUUAACUGCUUGCCAUUCAGGAGUUAGAAUAAAUUACCAUGUAAUACGAGCGAGACACAGGCCUGGCAUUGUCUUCUGAAAUUCCCAUGUUCUAGGUCAAAAUUUUUCUUUCUCCUAGAUCUUGUCACCAUGAAAGCUGUGAGAAUCCUUGUAAGUUACAUCCCAUAAAUUCUCCAUGAGCCAGGAAGAGGGAAGGAAGUAUUCGAUCUCCUUUGCCUAAUUUUACACCUUACUGGCCACUGUAGGCAAGCCUGCCGAUACUCUCCUAACCUGUUUCAGAGCACCACUAUUGCUCUUUACUGUUUAAACUGGGUCCGUGGCCCAAACCAAACUCACGUGCUUUGCCACCAAGGCUUACUGGAACUGCCUGGCUGGAUGAGCAGCACUCAGCUGCCCUAGGACUGUAUUUUGUACCUAAUGUCGGCCAGCAGCAGAUGUUUCAAAGGACAGUACAUGUGAGUUUGUACUGAACAAGUUUUAACAACCUUUCCUUUUGGGGAAUUUUGUUCUUGGCCCAUUUAAAUUAAUUACUCACAUUGUUAUAAUUAAAAAUAGAAGUACAAGUGCUUGGUCCUCGAGGUGUUGUACAAACACUAUACACUAUCCUUUUGUGAUUCUUUUUUUUCUAAAGAAUGAGAGUUUAUAUCCCUAACUUUUAAAAAACUACUUAAUGUAACCAGCCUUCAUCUUCCAUAUAAAUGUUUAAUCCCUUAUUUAAUCCAACUAAGCUCUCAGCCUCAAUAUUUUCUGGCAAUGAGAACCAAUAUAAUUUUAUUCUCCAUAGCACAUAAUUUCUUUUUAUGGUUCCUGAAUUAAUUGCCUUUUGUUUUCAUUGAAUCCCAUCUGUCCUUGUGUUCUCAGCUAUGAGAGGAAAUAAGGGGCCUGGCUUUAUAUUCUCUGUUGUCCAUUACUCUAGAGAUAGUCCCUUUUCUACCACUGUGGCUUUUCUGUCUUUCUUAACCCAAAUUGUCUAGGUAUCUGAUAACAUGCUGACUGUCUCUCCAUGUCUUCUCUUUCUGCUGGAUCUUUAAGCUUUGGUAAC